GCUGGAGAAGGGAAGGGUAGAGAUUGUUGGGUGUGUCAGCAAGUCUUUGAAGGAGAGGGGAAACCGUGCAUGGGAGAUCACCAGAGCUGACUUGAGCGCACAGCAAGGCAGUGGGAUCAUUACUCAAUGAAAAUUGAAGUAUUGAGCCAUGCAGAAUGACAAAUGCUUGUUUAAAAAGGUUAAAGACCCGUUUUCUGUCUUGUGUAAUGAUGCGUGACAACGGUAUGAGGAUAACCUUGAUAAGUUCGACGACAAUGCUCCAAUUUUGGGGUGUUAUGAUUAUGAAACUGCUACACUUUUCAGCAUUCAGUUUAUAGAGAACAUUUAGGCUACUCAGCGUAAGGGAAAGUAGUAUGCUGACAACAUUUUGCUCCUUGCUCACCGAACAGGACAGCGACUCAUGGGAUGUAGUGUGGGCUGUAGAACAAGGCUCAACUUUGGAAAGGCGCUGUCCAAAGUAUCCGUGUGUUUUACCAUGGUCGUGAUUUUCACCUAUUUCUUUUACUGUUUUACCGGAUUAUGUGACUCCGCGCCGAGACAGAUGUUCGACCAUCACACUGUAAACAGAGACUAUGAUAUAUCGGACCGUACGUACGACAACCUGCGACCGUCAGCUCGACUCUAUCCUCACCAGCCGGGCGCACCGACUCCCUGGAACAGGACAGACACUUCAACGGGCGCCGCGCUCCACCGUGCAGACGAACAGGUCGCCAAGCUACAGUGGGUUGAAGGCGGACUGCUCCCACAAGAGAUACCGGAGAGCACCAAGGAAAAUCUAGCUGCUAACGGCAUCCCGGAGUCCAACACAUUUGAGAGUAAGAAGUUCCCACAAGCCAUCAUAAUCGGUGUGAAGAAAGGCGGAACGCGCGCUCUGCUGGAGUUCCUACGGAUUCAUCCGGACGUGAGAGCUGUCGGGGCAGAACCUCACUUUUUCGACAGGUUCUACGAGAAAGGACUUGAGUGGUACAGGAACCUGAUGCCUCGGACCCUAGAAGGUCAGAUCACCAUGGAGAAGACGCCCAGCUACUUUGUGACCAAGGAGGCUCCUCGUCGCCUCUGCACCAUGAACUGCCACACUAAGCUCAUUGUAGUCGUCCGCGACCCCGUGACCCGGGCAAUCUCCGACUAUACCCAGACGCUGUCCAAACAACCCGGCCUCCCCUCUUUCCAGAGCCUGGCCCUCAAGAAUACCUCUACGGGAUUGGUCGACACCUCGUGGAGCGCCGUGCGCAUCGGCCUGUACGCCAAGCACCUGGAGAACUGGCUCCAGCACUUCCCCUUAUCUCACUUCCUGUUCGUCAGCGGCGAGCGGCUGGUGUCCGACCCGGCGGGGGAGAUGGGCCGGGUGCAGGACUUCCUGGGUCUGAAGAGGGUGGUGAGCGACAAGCACUUUUACUUCAACCAGACUAAGGGAUUCCCUUGUCUGAAGAAGCCAGAGGGAAGCAGAAAGCCCAGGUGUCUGGGGAAGUCCAAAGGAAGGCCUCAUCCACAGAUCUCACCAGAGGUACUGCAGAGGCUCAGGGACUUCUACAGGCCAUUCAACCUCAGGUUCUACCGGAUGACUGGACAAGACUUUGGAUGGGACUGAGCCGUCCACCAAUGUUACAUGGAAAUCAAGCUAAAGGAUGAAAAGGAUUACUUUAAAACAUGUGGAGAGGACACUGCUUUCAUCAAGACAGGAAACACAAGACUGACAUUACAUUUGUCAAUGAGGGAACAGGGGUUCUAGGUUACCACUUUGACUUGUGACAUGGUAUGCAUUAUACAAAAUGUUGGCAUUUUUUUGUAUUUUAUGGAACAUGAUAUAAAGCUGUCGUUUCAGUUACAGUAUGUGUAUGUUGCUACAUGUAAGAAUAAUGUAAGAACUCAUUGUUUUGCCAGGGUAAAGUACAUGAACCAGGAGAUCAUGAUACAUGUCACACAGUAAGUAGACCAAAGGACGUUGAUGACUUGAUACCUCUGUGUGAGGAGACUCAUGUUACAAUGGAUUAUACAAAGGAUUAUAACCAACCUGUUUCUGACCAGCGUGUGUGUGUGUGUGUGUGUGUGUGUGUGUGUGUGUGUGUGUGUGUGUGUGUGUGUGUGUGUGUGUGUGUGUGUGUGUGUGUGUGUGUUUAAGAUACCGUAAGAAAAGUGUAUUUAUUGCAAUAAGUGUACGUAGCUUUAAUUAUUCUUGUGAUCACCCAACUAAGCAACAAAACAUUUCUUUAUCAGGGUUGACAAUCCUUUUCUUUUGACUUGUGUUUUCAAUGGUACUGUAGAUCUAAAAACCAAAUGUGUAACUAUCUAUCAUUAUCUGUCAAGUCAAUCUAAUACCAGACCCUGUUUACAGCAUUUCCAUUGGGACAGUAUUACAUUGGGACAGCAUUUCCAUUGGGACAGUAUUCCAUUUGGACAGCAUUUCCAUUGGGACAGUAUUCCAUUGGGACAGCAUUUCCAUUGGGACAGUAUUCCAUUGGGACAGCAUUUCCAUUGGGACAGUAUUCCAUUGGGACAGCAUUUCCAUUGGGACAGUAUUCCAUUGGGACAGCAUUUCCAUUGGGACAGUAUUCCAUUGGGACAGUAUUCCAUUGGGACAGCAUUUCCAUUGGGACAGUAUUCCAUUGGGACAGCAUUUCCAUUGGGACAGUAUUCCAUUGGGACAGUAUUCCAUUGGGACAGUAUUCCAUUGGGACAGCAUUUCCAUUGGGACAGUAUUCCAUUGGGACAGCAUUUCCAUUGGGACAGUAUUCCAUUGGGACAGUAUUCCAUUGGGACAGCAUUUCCAUUGGGACAGUAUUCCAUUGGGACAGUAUUCCAUUGGGACAGUAUUCCAUUGGGACAGUAUUCCAUUGGGACAGCAUUUCCAUUGGGACAGUAUUCCAUUGGGACAGCAUUUCCAUUGGGACAGUAUUCCAUUGGGACAGUAUUCCAUUGGGACAGUAUUCCAUUGGGACAGCAUUUCCAUUGGGACAGUAUUCCAUUGGGACAGUAUUCCAUUGGGACAGUAUUCCAUUGGGACAGUAUUCCAUUGGGACAGUAUUCCAUUGGGACAGUAUUACAUUGGGACAGUAUUCCAUUGGGACAGUAUUCCAUUGGAUGAUGAACCUCUAUUAUAAAGACUUUGUACACAGAAUCCUUUUUCUUCUCCUUGGGUAAAGAGCUAAUUAUGAUGUGAUACUUAUUUCACCUUUUAACGCAAAGUUAUUUAAGCCUCAUUUAAAAUGAUGCUCUUACUUGCAAACCUUUGAUGCAUCCAACAAUGAUACCUCACUUAGGGUACAGAAACACCAUUUUGCAACCAAAACAGAUUUGUAUGUAUAGUUUACCCUUCAAUGAUGAAACGCAAUGUACAAUGAGUAUCAUUACCUUGACGUUACCAGUUCACUUAACUCUACCAGGUCAUUUGUAAAUGUCAUGCUUAAAGAUUAUGUUUGUCAAAGUUUAUUUCCUUUCAAUUCAUAUUACUCUGUAAAAAUGUUCUAUUAAACCAUACUGAAGUUUACAACACUAUUGUACAUACUGAAAUGAGAAUAUGUUGAGAUGUUUAGUAAAGCUUCAUUUGAAAUGAA